AUGUGGAUGGGCGCCAGAUCCUGCCAGACAGUCCUUUCGUUGCCACUUCGGCGCAGUCGUCCUACAAGUACUCGCUGGCGGAGGGAGGCAAGUGCAAGGACACCGGACGAUUCGUGUAUUGUUCAGCUGCGGCUCCGGUGUCCAAGUGUUGCUACCGCUGCAAGGAUCGAUAGCCACAACGUCGGGAACGACGAGGCGUACAACAUCGACAUGUCAAACGAGAUAUCGAAGAGGGUGUCUGCCGUGUGCCGCUACGAGAACCCAUAUUGGACUCGGCUUCCGCGCAUGCGCUACUACGAGAUAGUCUUGGAACGAAACGUGACCUUCCAAGGGGACGUUUUAGUACACAUGCCCAGCUUCGAGGGCGUGUGCGACAAGGUGCUUAUUGACGGCGCCAAGAGCUUCGAGUGCCGAACUAGAGUGGACGAGCCGAAGGUGACCUUCUACUCCAGCCAGCAUCAGGCUUCCCUGUAUCUUCUGGACAAUGAGGCUGGUACGACGCUGCGGAUGCAGAACGGAAUCCCGAUGCCCAUAAAGCUUCCCGAGGACGCGGACAAUUACCAGUUCAAGUUGCAAUUUGGACACGACGAGCACAUCUACCCGCUGCGCCUGUACAUGCCGCCCAUGUGCAAUAAGAGCAACCUCGAGUGUCCAGAGGGACAGGGGCCCAAGGAAGAGAGCAUGAGCGCCAUCGAGCACAUGUGCCACUCCACGGAGUGCAGCACCGAGGUGGACGCGCCGCUGUGCUGCGGAGACAGGGACUCGUGCGACCAUUACACGGGCGGCUGCAAGCGGCACACCAUCCUCAGGUUCGACGCCGCGGACACGCUGUGUGAGAUAACAGUUUGCCACGACUGGGACCAGGACACUUGUUGCGCAGCGCUCGCAAGAUGUGAUACGUACUCACCGUCAGGACCCGAUGCCAUGUCCACGAGGCGCUUCGGCACGACAGCCGAGACAUCGAGUGCGCCAGGGACGUGUGCGACCUGA